AUGAGGCUCCACGUACUCUCACUCCUCGGUAUUGGCUGCGCUCUCAUCAAUAUAGCCCACUCUGCAGCGGUCGCUUUGGCACCCAGACAAACUCCUGCCCCCGGGCCAAUAAUCCCAGAGAUCACUGAAUUCGUGGACUCACUUUCUCUGGAACCUGGACAGGAGAACGAGGUAGCCCAAAAGCUGAACGACAGCGCGGCAGCCCUGAACUUGACCGACACCCCCCCACAGAAAGCGAAACUGCGCAAGCGGAGUAACGUAAUCGCGACCAAUCUUGCCUGCUGGAUAAUCCAGAUAAAGUUUGCCGAAAACUCGUGCCAAGAGGGGAGUUCGUCAUACUCAACUCUAAGUACUAUGAAUUGGUCGAAGACAUGCUGGCUCAAACCAAGAUGUAUUGUUUCGCCGACUUCAGCUCAACAGGUCUCCAUCGCCAUGAAAAUCAUCGACUUCCUCAACGUGAACUACUCGGUGCGCAGCGGUGGACACACGCCAAAUCCUGGGUACUCCAAUACGGAUGGAGGGGUGCUCAUCGAAUUGUCGAAGCUUCGGACCAUAUCUUUAAGCACCGACGGGACCGUCGCAAGUAUCGGUCCCGGCCUCAAAUGGGUUGAAGUUUACGAUUACCUCGCGCAGAGGAACACCACUGUCCUCGGUGGGAGAAUCCCGCAAGUAGGUGUUGGCGGUUUGAUCCUAGGUGGAGGGCUCUCCUUCUUCGCGAACCGGUACGGAUUAGCCUGCGAUAAUGUUAAAAGUUUCGAGGUUGUCACCCCCGAUUCUAAAAUUCUGAAUGCAAACGCUGCUCAGAACUCGGAUCUAUUCUGGGCGCUAAAGGGUGGUUCCGGUAACUUUGGGAUAGUAACCCGCUUCGACAUGUACACUCGCAACGACCUCGCGAAAAUCUGGUACGAGGUGCGAGUAUAUGCAGCAGACCAGACCCCAGCACUCCUCGAUGCCGUCGAGGACUUCCAGAAGAACAGUGAAGUACAAGACACGAAGGCCGGUUUCGUCUUCAGUGCAACGACCGGAGUGACAUUGGUUGGCUACAUAUACGCUGGCACCGUCUCCACACCCUUCCCGUCGGCGUUCUCACCUUUUUUCAGCAUCCCCUGCAUCGGGAACUUCGCGGCACCUACCAACGGAACCCACUACCAGCUCGUUGCCUCCCUCGCAGCCGCCUUCUCUCCGGUCCCCGCCCGCCACGACUACCGCGCCGUGAGCACCGGUGUCGACGCUACAAUGUACAAAACUGUCUACUCAUUCUGGAAGUCCAAGGCACUCGAAAUCAAGGCUUCUACGGGCGCAGACAUGUCCUUCUCCAUCCAGUCCUUCUCUAAGAGCGCUGUAGAUUUCGGGACGAGCACCGGUGGAAACACUCUCGGCCUCGUUAGUCAGACACAGCAAUGGUUCACCAUGCUCAUCGAUUGGGACAAUGCUGCUGAUGACACCGCUGUUCGAGCGGCUGGCAAGGCUGUCACGGAUAAGUGGAGUGAGGUCUCUAAUGCUAUGGGGUUCGGAAAUCCCUACAUUUACACCAACGAUGCUUCCAGGGACCAGAACCCUAUUGCCAGCUAUCCCCCUGCGAAUAUCGCACAGAUGAGGACUAUCAGCCAUAAGUACGAUCCCAAGCAGAUUGCUCAGAUUUUGCAGAGCGAUGGUUAUCUACUGUCCAAGGUCCCCUAAGUUCUCUCAGGUCAUUUAUCUGUGUCUCCGUAUUUGUGCAUGCGUUUUCUCUCUUUCAUAUUCACCCAUCGCAGAGUAUAUAAGCUGUUAGGGAAGGAGGGGUGUUCUUGGUGUUUCUGGUAGUUUUUGCUUUUUUAUAUAUCUUUAUGUUUAUUUACUUGUCUAUUACUUCUUUUCUUUUCCCUUUCCCUCUGAUCUUUGGCGUGCUCCUCUGUCUCUUUUCCCUUCUUUGCGUGAAAAAGGUUACCGAACCGCUGUUGGACCGCUCCUACCUCUUUGUAAUAUUCACCCUCCUUUUUUGUCUUCCUUUUGUUUUUUCACUCCCAGGUUCGAUAUAUAUUGUAUGUAAUGGCGCGGGGACGAACCGCAGUUUUAGAGUGGAGGGGAGAGAAAUGGGCCGGAUGGUGGGUGGGGUUGGGUUUGGGGGGGGGAGAGAUAUCGGAUCUGGAUGUAUUUAGUUGCUACCUUACUGUACCUCUCUAGCUGGAUGGCUCUGGUUCAUAGCGGUGGGCCCCGCAAUAAACCAAGAAACAAUCCGGCUACCCAUCGCAGCGUAUCAUAAA